CGCGGCUCAGGCUGCAGAAGGUGUGAGCGCACAGAUUUCUGGGAAGAUCAACAAUGUCGGCGCAUUUGAAAACGCACGAGAAAGAGUGAGGAAGAACUGAGGCAAAGAAGGAUCAGUGAAAUUGGAAGAAUUUAAAUUUGUGUGACUUUUCUUCAACAUCCGUGACAAAAUGAUGCGCUUCCUGCUGCUGUUCAGUCGUCAGGGGAAGCUGCGGCUGCAGAAAUGGUUCACAACAUACACAGACAGAGAAAAGAAGAAGGUGAUCCGGGACAUGAUGAUGUUAGUACUGGCCCGUGCUCCACGUUCCUGCAACUUUGUCCAGUGGAGGGAUCUGAAGAUUGUUUACAAAAGGUAUGCCAGCCUGUAUUUCUGUGCAGGUCUGGAGACCCAGGAUAAUGAGCUCCUGAGUAUCGAAGUGCUGCACAGAUAUGUGGAGCUGCUGGAUCGAUACUUUGGCAAUGUUUGUGAGCUGGACAUCAUUUUUAACUUUGAGAAGGCGUACUUCAUCCUGGACGAAUUCCUGAUGGGAGGAGAAGUUCUAGAAACAUCCAAAGCAGCUGUGCUUCGGUCCAUGGAGGACGCUGACACACUCCAAGAGGUACUUCAGACCACUGACUUUUAACAAACGACGAUGGAGGAGUACAUGAGCAAACCUGCCUACUGAGCCAGAAGUGAAGACGUCCCACGUUUCAAGACUUUUAGGUUUAUCUCUGCAACAUUUUUAUUAAGUGACUAAGGAUGAGUCAUUCGCAUUAAGUCACAUUUUAACAAAAUGUUUGCAUCUCUAAGUGCCUUCAAAGCCUCAUCUGUAUAAUAUCAGAGUUUUAUGACUGAAAAAGCCUUAUUUACUGAAAUUUUUAGCUGUUUUUAUGCUUGAACUGAUGCACUAUGUGAUGUGAGUAAAUGAAGAAACACUACACAGUAAGGAAAAAAUAAAGUCAAUGCUUUAUUAACCUCAGGUAUGUCACAUAUGACCACAUUUAAGAAAGAAUUACCAAAAAGACACAAGUGAAUCAGGGGGUCCAACACUGGUUUUGGUUGUGUGUGUGUGUGUGUGUGUGUGUGUGUGUGUGUGUGUGUGUGUGUGUGUGUGUGUGUGUGUGUGUGCGUGCGAGCGUGCAUGUAAAUGUGUGUGUUGUUGAAAGGUAAGGCUGGUGAGUCACAUGUAUUGUUUUUUUUUAGUGUUGUUGAGCAACAAACUCAUUAAAAAAAGCAUCCACUGAAUGUCUGAACACUCAUAUUUCUGCUAAUAAACAAGAUCUUUUUG